CAAGAUCAAAGUCGUCCAUUGUAUCCCAUCUCGAAUUUCGCCCCCCUAUUUCUGACAUGCUCCCUUCCGACGUGGCAGUUAACUUAACUGCAUUUAAAAUCCGGGUUUCAAGUCCGGUACUCUGAAAAAAUUGAGGCUGAUUUGUUCCCCAAAAUUAAAAAAUUUAAAAAUCCUCACUUUAAAGACUCUGCUCUCUCUGUCUGAAGCUUUUGGAUGGUAAUGGAGAGCUUGUAAAUCACUUCUUCUUUGUCAUUCCAUCCUACAACUUUGGAAGGCAAGGGAAAGAAGUGUUGCCGUGUAAAGCAUAUAUUUUGAAUUGGAUUAUGGGUGAAGAAGAAACAAAGACUGAAGUCCCUGAGCCAGUGGCUAAUGGGACUUCUCUUCUGGAGAAAUCUGGUGAAGCUGUAGCUGAGGAAACGGAGGAAGAAAAUAAUGGGGUAAAGGAAUUGGAAGAAGAUAAGAAGGAUAAUGAGAAAGUUGAGACUGAGAAGAUGGAUGAAGAUCAACAGGUCAAGGAAGACAAGGAAAGCAAAGAAGAACCGAAAAAAGAAGAAAAGGAGGAUGCUGAAACUGAAGCAAUGGAUGAGGAAACAGAGGCAAAAGAAGAUGACAAGAAAGUUGAAAAGGUGGAAAACAAAGAUAAGGUGGAGGAGAAAGUAGAUGGGCUGAAAAAAGAAAAGGAAGACGGAGAGACGGCUGAAGAGAGCAAGGAGGAAAAAGGUUCAAAGAAGCGUGGGAAAGUUCAAAACACUGGGGAGAAGGUUAAAGGGAAGACAAAAAAGGUGGAGGUGAAGGAGCCGGAGCAAAGAACUCCUCUUACAGAUCGCCCUGUGCGCGAGCGUAAAUCUGUUGAAAGGCUGGUUGCAUCUAUUGACAAAGAUGCUAAUAGGGAAUUCCAAGUUGAAAAGGGCCGUGGUACUCCGCUUAAAGAUAUUCCUAAUGUGGCAUUCAAGUUGUCUAGAAGGAAGACUGAUGACACUUUCAGACUGCUUCAUACUAUUCUCUUUGGAAGGAGAGGGAAGGCAGUUCAGAUCAAGAGCAAUAUAUCCCGGUUUUCUGGGUUUGUGUGGCAUGAAAAUGAGGAAAAGCAAAAAAAUAAAGUAAGAGAAAAGUUUGACAAGUGUAAUAAAGAGAAGUUGAUGGAGUUUUGUGAUGUGCUUGACAUACCAAUUAUGAAGGCUACUACGAGGAAGGAAGAUAUCAUUGCAAAGCUGAUAGACUUUUUGGAGGCCCCUCAUGCUACAACUACUGUUCUACUUGCUGAAAAAGAUAAGUCCAGUAAUAGUAAAAAGCGCAAAAGGGUUACCAAGUCUGGGACCACGUCAAAGCGGUCAAUAAAGAGUCGAAGAAGGAGUGGUGAUACUCCAAAAUCAGGGAAAAAGCGUACACUUGAUUCUGAGGAUGAGUCUGAAGAAGAAGAAGAAGAAAAGGAAGAGGAAGAGAAUGAAGAGGAGGAAACUGAAAAUGGCAUUACAGAAAAAUCUGAGGAUGAGAUGCCCGAGGAUUCUGAAAGUGAGGAGAAAAAUGAAUCUGAAGAUGAAUCUGAAGAAGAUGUAGGGAAGAAGAAAAAGAGUACUAAGGUAUCAUCCACAAAGAAGGAAUCUUCUGUAAAAGCUAAAACCAAGAAAGUCACCGUUACUAAAAGGUCUAUUACACCACAGAAAAGAACUCCAAAACCAUCAUCUAAAAGCUCAAAGGCUGAUGAGGAUAGUGAUAAAAGUCCAAAGGUGUCUUCAAGGAAGAAAACAGAGAAGGUCACAAAGGAAAAGUCCUCUAAACCAACGAAAUUUGGCUUCAAGGAGAAAAGCAGCAAAAAUGUUGCAAGGGGGAAGGACAAAGCUAAAGAGGAGAAAUUUGAGCCAAGUGAUUAUGAACUAAGAACUGCAAUUUGUGAGAUUCUUAAGGAGGUGGACUUCAAUACGGCGACAUUCACAGACAUUCUGAAAAAACUUGCUCAACGAUAUGAUACCGACCUCACCCCAAGAAAGUCAUCUAUAAAGCUCAUGAUUCAGGAAGAGCUUACCAAACUAGCUGAUGAAGCAGAUGAUGAAGAUGGAGAAGCCAAUACUGAGAAAGAUGAAACCCAUUCUGCUGGUCAGGAGGUUGAAGCCUGACCUACAAGAUGGAAAAUAACUCCAUGGGAAACGUGUAGUUAUUUAUCAUCUCGUGCCAAUAUGUACCUUUUAGCUGUUACUUAGAAGGUUAGCUUGUAAUUUAUUGUUUAGCUGCUUUUUAACUUUUGGGUGAGCAAAAUAGCAGUUAUCAAAUACUAGAGGAGCUGGAGCUACCCAUCUGUGCUGCAGGAUUGCAGCUUGAUAUGUACACCAUUAACAUAAUCUGUAGGAAUUUUCCUUUCUGGAAACCAAGUAUUUUCAAUAAUAGAAAACAGUUUUUCAUUUUCCUCUGUAAUGCAAAUCCUGCUUACUUCAUC